AUGAGUUUUCUCAACUCUUGGAGAGCGUCGAAAUAUACAAUCAAGCAGAAGCCAGACGACGUUGAACUUCCGGAAAGUGCUUCUGUGCUUCCUGCAACUGUACAAUUUUUCGUAAAAGAAUUUAUUUCGUCUCUUGUAAGCCCCGUUCAUCCCCAACUAUUAUCUCCUGAUGAUUUAACAAACACCUUUUACAAUUUUUACAAAAAAACAGAUGAAUUCAUGCUUUCAACUCUAAUUCCCAAUCCUGAAUCCCCAAGCCAUGAUGUGCCUUUACUUUCCCCCGAGGAAAUGGAAACCCAGAAAAUGGCAAAGCAGCAUCUUGUAAAGCAAAAAGAUGAAUGGAUGAAUAUCAUUGAAGGUAUUGUAUGUGAAUCUUUAUAUGACAGGCUUUUUUGUUUAAGCACAAGCACCGAUGAAAAUAAAGAUGACCUUCUCAAGAAGUUUGCCUGUUCAGAUGAAAAAAAUGGUUUGUUGGACUGUCUUUCCAUCGAAGAGGAGGUCAAAAAACGUCUUGAAAACAUCGCAGAAACUUUUUUUACUCUCAAUAGACUGAAAACUCCUUUGCUAAAACUGAAUGUUUUUAUGAAUGUUAACGAGAAAAUUGUGGAGGCCUCUAAUUUACCAAAAGAAGAAAUGAAUGCUGAUAAUUUAUUAAACCUUACUAUCUUUUGCAUUUUAUCAUUUCAAGGUUCACAGUUGUUGUCUCAUUUGAAUUUUGUCUUGCGUUUUCGAAACCCAGACUACUUGACGGGAGAACAAAAAUAUUGUCUUACAACAUUUGAAGCUGCACUUUCUUUUGUUCUUCGGGCUUGUCCAAAUCUGCUGACGCACUGUCCCAUGCAGCCAGCGGACGAUCCUCUUUCAUUAGAGGCGUCUACCAAGGAAGAGCUUCCGUCUUCCGAAAAUGCUGUGUCAGACCUCGAAGCAAAUAACGAGCAACGAUCUUCGCUUUCAAAUCUACGCGGCUUGGGAGUAGCUCUCGAAAAGUCUUAUCUGUCUUUUGUCAACAGAGUAGCCGGGCAUGCUCUUCGUAACUCUACUUUGUCGACAGACAAUGUCGUUUCUGUUGAUGAUCCACCUCUUGAACGGUUUCUUACUAUGCCAGACGCCUCUGAACUAAAACUUAACGAAAUCAAUAUUCUACUUGCAGAUUAUAAACGUUUGGCUCGUCUACUUUUUGACAAACAAGCCGAAAAUUCGACCUGA